CUUUGUCGUAGCACACGGCGGGACAGCCGGGUUGUUGCGUGUUGCAGACGAAGUCGACUUGCUCGUCAUCCCAGGCGGAUUCGGCGGCGGUUCCCAGGACCAGGAUGCGGAACAGGAAGAGCACGCGAUCGGGGAGCUGCGGAAUAGGCGUGUGUUUCUCUUCCUCUUACUCCAACGAAGAGUGAAAACGUCGCCCAGAAGCCUCCACUUUAAGAGUGACUGAGAACGAGUUAUUUAGCCGUUUCUACCUGACGACAUGGAGCACCAUUUCCUGAUGAGACUGUGCACUACUUACUGCUGUGGAUACAGGCAGACAUCCUCCACACCGUCCUGUCCAUGUGAGACCGGUGCAGCCCUGUCACGCCCACAGCGCCCCCUUUCGGCCCGGACGGCCCACCACGCCCCGGCGCCUGUGAAAGGGUACCAUGUCAGCCGUAGCAUGUCCCAGCAUUCCUCCGGUGGUGGCGGAGGCGGCCCCUGCCACUGCACGCCUGAGGACUGUGACGGCCUGGGUCGAGAGUACUACCAAGGUCACAGCGAUGGCCACUAUUACCCUCCGGGUCCGGCCGAGGCCCUGGCGCUGGAACGGCACCAUUCCCACUCCCACUCCCACUCCCACAGCCACUCUGGAGGGGGAACCUUCCCGCGCUCCCACCCCAGCCAGCACCCACCUCUCCAGUCGUUUGACUCUUGCGAAGAGUGCCUGACCUCCGGCCACGGAGGGAAGAUGCACCGCAUUCCCCCGAACCUGAUGGACCAGUUUGAGAAGCAGGUGCCCUUCCAUCCUGAUGGCUUCCACACGCUGCAGUACCAGCGCACCGCCAGUGGGGGCGCUGAGCCGCGCAGCGAGAGCCCCUCACGUAUCCGCCACCUGGUCAACUCCGUGCAGCGCCUCUUUGCCAAGUCCCAUUCCCUGGAGGCACCGACCAAACGAGAGUACAACGGCACGAGAGGGGGCGGGGACUACCGUGGCGAGAGAGGAGGAGGAGGCCACAGGAGCGGAGGGGAGGAAGGUGGCGGCCACUAUUCGGGUCACCAGCCUCGCUCUGCCAGGAGGAGCAAGUCUCGAGAGCGUAGCAAGAGCGGAGACUCGCGGCACGAGUCCGGCAGGCGCCAUCGCAGCAGGACGGCAGGCUGGUGGAGCUCCGAUGACAAUCUGGACAGCGACAGCAGCUUCCUGGUCACCGGGGGCAGGAGGGGGUACCCCAGCGGGCACGAGAGCCUGGACGCCGCCAUCCAGGAGCUCACCAUGAAGAGGCCUAAAGAGCGUGGUGGAGGUGGAGGUGGAGGUGGAGGUGGUGGUGGAGGUGGUGGUGGAGGUGCGCCGGGACAUGGGGAGUGCAUGGCGUGUACUACAAUGGCUCUGGCCGGGAGUGAAGGAGGGGGGCACCACGGGCACCACGGCCACUCCCUGAAAAGGAGCACCUGGUCGGCCAUGACAGUGAGUCAGGCCAGGGAGGUGUACCCCUCCACCAGAGGAGGAGGAGGAGGCUACGAGAAGGCCCUGGUGCCCUUGGAGAGUAAGAUGAAGGAGAGGACCUUCCACUACCUGCAGGUCCCGUCAGAAGACUGGGGGGGUGGAUAUGGCGGCGCCGCAGACAGCGGAGGGGAGAUUCCUUGCCGCCGUAUGCGCAGCGGCAGCUACAUCAAGGCCAUGGGCGACGACGACAGCGCUGACUCAGACACCAGCCCCAAAGCCUCGCCCAAGUCCACCCUGGUCGCCCAGAGGGACGCCUUCAGACGGUCUAUCAGCAUGGAUCAAAGGUACUCGUGUAAGCAGUGUACAGACUCCUACCCCAACAGCAGAACUACACCCAAAACCCAAACCCGCUCUCGUAGUUACACCCGCUCUCUGACCAGCUCACAGCUGGGAGACACGUUGAACCGUCAGUUCGAGGCGGUGUGUGAGACCAUGUUCGGGGAGGUGGAGUCUCAAGCCGUGGAGGCCUUGGACCUUCCAGGCGUGUUCCGCACUCGCAGCCACAGCUACGUCCGCGCCAUCCAGGCCGGCUGCUCCCAGGACGACGACUGCCUCUCCGUCUUCUCCAUGUCGGGCCCCCAGGGAAGCAUCAAGGGCGGGGCCGUCUUUCCUUAUCGUAAAGGUGCUCCUCCCCCGCUUCCACCUCGCAUGUCCAAGUCUUCUCUCUCGGUGCGAGCCCAGAGCAGCACCGAGUCCACCCAGGACGCCUACUUCCAGAGCGGCCCCGGGCGCCCCAAGCAGCACAGCAACUCCGUGGACCUGGGCAGCUCCGACGGGCCCUCGGGUCGCACCUCCAGAGGGGGCUACUACACCGCCACGGGCCCCGGGAGGUCCCGGCAGCACAGUAACUCGGCAGAGAGCCUGGACGGGGUCAGGGGGUCGAGGGAGCUGGUGCCCUACGGAGGGGGUCCGGGGGUCGGAGUGAGGGCCAAACACAGCAGCUCGGCCGACAGCCUGCUGGAGGGGCCGCCGAGGCCGGCCAGAGAGAGGGACGGCAGGGUGGGGGGCAGCCUGGGGAAGUCCGUCUCUCUGCCCCAGAACAGCAUCGUGCUGAGUAAAGCUGGGGGGCCGGACGGGGGGGGCAGGAAGUGGAGACCCUCCAUAGCUGUACAGGUGGACAGCUCAGAGACUCUGUCAGACUCAGACGCCGAGGGCAAAGCUCUGACGGAGGUCCACUCCAUAGGAGUCCAGGUGGAAGAUGACAAACGACGGGCUCGUUUCAAGCGCUCCAACAGCGUGACGGCGAGCGUGCAGGCCGACCUGGACCCCGAGGGCUUUCCGGGGCUCAGCAUCGCCGUGCCAACGCAGGACAAGAGCCUCCAGUUCGGCUGUUCCUUCCAAAGGCACUCGUCAGAGCCGGAGUCGGCGAGCCAGUACACAGAGUGCCACCGCACCGUCCACACACAGGGACAAUGGGCCUACAGAGAGGACUUCCUCCAGAGUGGCUACACCACUGAGGCCCCUGAUCCACGGCCCCACCAGCACCCACAUUUGCCUCCACGUUCCCACUCCCCUCUGCCCAUCACCGCUGACAGAGCCUGGGCGGGCACGCCGUCCCUGGAGGGCCCCCGCAGCCUGCCCGACUCUGGCCGAGCCUCGCCCUGCAUGAGGGACGGAGAGUUCUUCCUACGCCUGCUGCAGACGGAGGUGGAGAGGAUGGAGGGCUGGUGCCAGAACAUGGAGCGAGAGGCAGAGGAGAAUGAACUGCCAGAGGAGAUUCUUGAGCUGAUACGAAAUGCAGUUGGCAGCGCCCAGAUGCUCAUGUCUCAGAAAGUCCAGCAGUUCUUCCGCCUCUGCCAACAAAGUGUGGACCCGUCAGCGUACCCUCAGCCCACCUCUCAGGACCUGGCAGGCUUCUGGGACCUGCUCCAGCUCAACAUAGAGGACGUCAGGGUCAAGUUUCAGGACCUCCAGAGGCUCAAGGACUCUGGUUGGAGGCUCCCACCUGAAAAGAAGGAGGAUAAGAAGCUUCCUCCUCCCUUACCAAAGAAGCCAGCAGGCGGGGUGAGUGGCAGCCUUCGGGCUGAUAGCGUCGGGGAUGGGGGCGCCGGAGGAGGUGGAGGAGGUGGCUCGGGGGGCCUGGUGGUGCCCCGCAUUGGUGGACAUACCCUCCCCAUCAGGGAGAAGUCCCUGGACCUCGGGGACCGUCAGAGGACAGAAGCGAGGAGGAGGCUGCUGCAGACCAAGCGUACCGCCUCCUUCAGGCAGAACUCUGCCACCGAGAGCGCAGACAGCAUCGAGAUCUACAUCCCCGAAGCCCAGACUCGACUCUGAACACCCUGAGGUGUCUCCCACCCGCCUCGUCACUCGCCCCUUCACUCGCCCCGCUACGCUAAGCUGACCUGCACACACAAAGCUCAGUCUUUCUCUGAGCUCCUGCAGGCAGGUCAGCGCUGUUUAUCUGCUAACCCUCCCUUCAGCAUCUUCACUUACUACUAAUUCACUUCUCUUGUUCAUUAAAACAAGCAAUGAUCAGCCAUUUUAGUGUCUUGAAAAUUUGGACAUUUUACUGACACAGAGGCCUAGAACCUGAAAUGGUAGCUAGCAGAUAUAGACUUUUUUAGAAGAAUUCUCUGGAUUUCUUUUCGGCUGACAAACAUGAAACUUUUAUAACGGUAGUCAGCGGAGGUUCACGCAGUAGUAGCAUGCCUGUGCGUGUUCACCUAGCACUUCUCCAUCACUGAAAAUAAAGGGCUUAACAGGCACAAAACCUCUGUGGAGACGAGGAGAUGACAGAAUCUCCCCAUGGAUCCCCCUGUUGCCAUCUCCUGAAUGCCAUUUGCAGCAGUAUGAUGAUGCUACCAGUAUGGAUGAAUAAACAUGGAGUCAUUUCUUACCAUCAGUUUAAAUGCCCUUAAAAAUCAGAUGGUUGGCAAAUCCCCAAAGAGCAUUCUCCAAGCAUAGUCAGUCAACUACAGCUGGCACUUUUCACCCAGGUGCCAUCUGUCCACCAGGCACCCAGUCAAGGAAUAUGAACCUCCUUUCUGCCUCGUUCCCUCACUCCUCACGUAUCCAUCCACGACCCUCAGCAUUCAGCAGUGAGGCUGUUUGAAUGUGCAAGUGCUAUUUGUACAUAGUGUGCACACUCAUGUUUGCCAAAAGGAGCUUUUUUGCGGUGUAGCAUCACAGCCUUGACAGCUAGAGAGCAUCACAAACAAAAAAUACAGAGCCGUUUUUGCUUUUUAUGUAGUCUCUCUGAAGUUUCAAGUGUUCAGGGGUGAGGUUGCUGGGAAUUUUUAGGGGAAUAUAUUUUGGUGGCUUUUCAGGACUUUACUGAGAAGGCCCCCAGUUCACUGUGAGACUAUAGCACCACCAAGUGGUCAAACGAGGACCCAAAACCAACAACAGUGGUCUGUAGAGAGUUCUCUCCACCUCAGUCAGGAAUUAACAGACGCCCUGAUGAAACAGCCAUGAAAGAAGUUUCUUUUUUUGCUUUGUUUCAGUUCUUUUUUUCUUGAAUAUUCACGGUGGACUUUUCCCAUGAUAUGUUUGUGAAGUUAAAGCAAUGGAUCACAAAGUAAGAUGGGGGAAGAGCUGCGGAAGUUUUCAGCAGAGUCCACUCACCUAACUUGAAGUACAAUCGUCUCAGUUUCACACACCGCUGAUGAAAGAAGGAAUCAUUUCUUCAAAUAUGAGUCGUGUUUUAAUGUAGCUCCCUCCAAAGCCCGUCCAAAGAGUCAUCAGAGAGAGGAAACCAUCUGUUGUGAAAUGGUAGAGAAGAAGCUUGUUGUUAGUUUUUGGUAAUUGUGCUGAGAUUAAAGGGAUAGUUUAGGUUUUUUGAGGUCGGGUUGUAUGAGCUUCUUAUCCAGUUCGCCCCCACAGAAGCUAAGCAAUGUUCUGCUGUGGACGGGGGCAAAAGAAAAAUGUAUUUUAGUCUCCCACCAAAAAAAUCGGUAACACUUUCUAUGAAGACUACAUCUAUAGUGCAUUAUGAGCGCAUUCAUAGUGAAUUAUAAUGCUCAUUAUAAUCAAUCAUAAUGCAUUAUGACUGCACUCAUAAACACAUAUGAAGCUUCAUGAUGCACUAUAUCAACAGUUAUAAAUAUAGCUUAUAAUGACUUAUAAAUCCAAGUGUCUUAUGAGUGCUCUUGACUGGUUAUAAACUACAGGCUGACUGAUGAGGCUUAUAAUACAUUACAACUACUCAUACCCCUCUAUACACACACCUCAACAAUCAAUUGUUAUAAGGACUCAUAGGAUGCCAUAAGUAUAAGUAAAUGAUCAAUGUAUGCUUUAAGUAAAGUGAGG